GCGAUGAAGAUGUCGGCGGAGGAUGACCCGGAGGCGUACUUGGUGGCAUUCGAGCGGCUGGCUACCGCGGCGGCUUGGCCGCGGGAGUUCUGGGCCAGCCAAUUGGGACCCUGCCUGAUUGGGGAGGCUCAGGCAGCUUACCAGGCCAUGAGUGACCAGCACGCCACUGAGUAUGACCUGGUCAAGCAGGCUAUCCUCCGCCGACUCAACAUUACUACCGAGACCCACCGGGCGCGGUUUCGGGAGUACCGGAGAGCCCCGGAGACACGCCCCAGGGUGGUUGCGGAGAGGUUGUGCGACCACAUGGUGCAUUGGCUGACCCCCGGGAAGAAGACCGUCCAGCAGAUGGGGGAAGCCAUUGUGGUAGAACAGUUCUGCCAUGUGGUCGGCGCCGAAACCCAGGCGUGGAUACGGCGCCACAACCCCGACACCCUGGAGGAGGCGGUCAAAUUGGCCGAAGAUUUUGAGGACUCCCUGACCUCUGCCCGGAUCGGGAUCCUGUCCGCCCCUGCCCUUCGGAGCAGCCGCGCUCUCUCUCCCUCUCCUCCAACAUCAUCGCCACCACCCCCCUCGUUCCAGGGACCCAGACCUCCCAGAGCACCGACCCCAUUGGGCCCCCUUGCCUCCCCCCCAUGGAGAUCAAGGUUGGCCCCCAGCUGGGGUAGAGGUGCUGCCCCUGCCCCGUUGCCAUACCAGCAGCGGGACAGAUUUCUAACCCAUGCCCCCUCUGUCCCUCCUAUCUGUUUUAGGUGCCACCAGCCGGGACAUCUGGCCAGGUCAUGCCCCGCUGCCAUGGAGUGUGACGUGGCCGCGUGCAAUUGGGCACCUGAGACUGACAGCUAGAACAUAUCCGGAGCUGUCGCACUGGGCGAACACAAGCCGGAUCACCUCCUCACGUACUGUCACAACGUCCUGUGUAUUCACUCACCACAAUCACGACUGCACGCACCCGAGACGGGUGACCGUAUUCUUGUUUCUUUUGUUCAGGACUGUAUCCUGUGUUUUGUCAGCCCGAGCUUUACACAUCGUUGUGUAUUGCCGGGCUUAUUAUUUUGAGCACUAGACCAGUGCUGGCAAAUAAAGCCUAUUUUCCACUGGACUACCGUUGUCUGCUCAUUACUCCUGCACCGCAUCACUGCUACACAGCUACCCCUCACCACCCAC